AUGCCCGACCAGACGACUAUCAAUGUCAUUGGGGCGGUGGGCGGUGUCGUUCUGUCUGCCUGCCUUCUUCCCCAGCUGUACCGGCUGUAUCGCACCAGGAGUGCCCGUGACCUGGCCUACCCCUACCUCUUCGCCUACUGCAUCGGCCUCUUCCUCACGUUUCUGUACCUCUUCUGGGAGGGCGCUAUAGUAGCCUGGAUCUGUGAGCUGGUGGAGCUGGGUGGAGCCCUGCUGGUGCUGAGCGCCAAGUACUACCUGGACUUUUAUGGUCCCUACUCCAAGCGGGCCAAGGAGAGGGAGGAGGGCGAGGCCGGCGACGCGACCUCUGACGGCAGCAAUCCCAGGUCCCUCCCCGGCCCCGCCCGGCUGUCCUUGACGUCCUGCAAUGGCGACUUGGAGAGGGGAGCCUCCCCCCGUGCCCCGACCGAUGUCGACGGGCUGGGACUGGGCGGCGUGACACACAAGCGCGACAUUGGUUUGACGAAGCACGAGACGUGA